GAAGGGGCGGGAUCCGAGGGGAGCGUGGGUUCCUUGCGCCUCAGGUACGUGUUGGGCGGCAGCUGGCGCGGACUCGGUGCGGUCUUUCGCGGGCUGCGGUCGGGCCCGGGAUCCUGCUCCUGACUGGUCGCGGUUCGCGGGCUGCUGGGGUCCUGCCGGGCUGGAGGCGGACCGCGAGGAAGCGGCGCGGCCGGGAAGACGGGGCAGGGUCGCCUCGGCCCCGGGGCCUCGGUUUCCUCCGAUCAGAGCGUCUCAGGGGGCGCGCACAGGCGCCGCGGAGACCUGUGUCUUGCCUGGGCGCGGCGCGAGGGGCCCGUGCUGGGGUUUUUAUUCCCAGACCUAAGAUUACAGGAGUAUAAUGUCUCAGGAAGGCGAUUAUGGGAGGUGGACCAUAUCCAGUAGUGAUGAAAGUGAGGAAGAAAAGCCAAAACCAGACAAGCCGUCUACCUCUUCUCUGCAAGGAGCAGCAAAUGAGCCCAGGUACACCUGUUCCGAGGCCCGGAAAGCCGCACACAAGAGGAAAAUAUCACCUGUGAAAUUCAGUGAUACAGAUUCAGUUUUACCUCCCAAAAGGCAGAAAAGCGGUUCCCAGGAGGAGCUAGGCUGGUGUCUGUCCAGCAGUGAUGAUGAGCUACAGCCAGAAAUGCCGCAGAAGCAGGGUGAGAAAGUGGUGAUCAAAGAGGAGAAAGACAUCCCGGCUCCCAGUGACAGCACUGCCCAAAGAACUGAAAAUCAUGGCCCUCCCACCUGCCACAGGCUCAAAGAGGAGGAAGAGUACGAGACGCCAGGGGAGGGCCAGGACAUCUGGGACAUGCUGGAUAAAGGGAACCCCUUCCAGUUUUACCUCACUAGAGUCUCCGGAGUUAAGCCGAAGUAUAACUCUGGAGCCCUCCACAUCAAGGAUAUUUUAUCUCCUUUAUUUGGGACGCUUGUUUCUUCAGCUCAGUUUAACUACUGCUUUGACGUGGAUUGGCUCGUAAAACAGUAUCCACCAGAAUUCAGGAAGAAGCCAAUCCUGCUUGUGCAUGGUGAUAAGCGAGAAGCUAAGGCUCACCUCCAUGCCCAGGCCAAGCCUUACGAGAACAUCUCUCUCUGCCAGGCAAAGUUGGAUAUUGCAUUUGGAACACACCACACGAAAAUGAUGCUGCUGCUCUAUGAAGAAGGUCUCCGAGUUGUCAUACACACCUCCAACCUCAUCCAUGCUGACUGGCACCAGAAAACUCAAGGAAUAUGGUUGAGCCCCUUAUACCCACGAAUUGUUGAUGGAACCCACAAAUCUGGAGAGUCAACAACACAUUUUAAAGCUGAUCUCAUCAGUUACCUGAUGGCUUAUAAUGCCCCUUCUCUCAAGGAGUGGAUAGAUACCAUCCACGAGCACGAUCUCUCUGAAACGAAUGUUUAUCUUAUUGGUUCAACCCCAGGACGCUUUCAAGGAAGUCAAAAAGAUAAUUGGGGACAUUUUAGACUUAGGAAGCUUCUGAAAGACCAUGCCUCAUCCAUACCUAACGCAGAGUCCUGGCCUGUUGUGGGUCAGUUUUCAAGCAUUGGCUCCUUGGGAGCUGAUGAAUCAAAGUGGUUAUGUUCUGAGUUUAAAGAAAGCAUGCUGACACUGGGGAAGGAAAGCAAGACUCCAGGAAAAAGCUCUGUUCCUCUUUACUUGAUCUAUCCUUCUGUGGAAAAUGUGCGGACCAGUUUAGAAGGAUAUCCUGCUGGGGGCUCUCUUCCCUAUAGCAUCCAGACAGCUGAAAAACAGAAUUGGCUGCAUUCCUAUUUUCACAAAUGGUCAGCUGAGACUUCUGGCCGCAGCAAUGCCAUGCCACAUAUUAAGACAUAUAUGAGGCCUUCUCCAGACUUCAGUAAAAUUGCUUGGUUCCUUGUCACAAGCGCGAAUCUGUCCAAGGCUGCCUGGGGAGCAUUGGAGAAGAAUGGCACCCAGCUGAUGAUCCGCUCCUACGAGCUUGGGGUCCUUUUCCUCCCUUCAGCAUUUAUCGGCCAUGGAUAUGGAACAUUCCUUAUGUCAAAGCACCGGAUACGCAUGGGAACAUGUGGGUGCCCUCCUGAGAAUCUUGAGGCACUGUGAAAUUUAAGUGUAAGACAUUGAGCCAUAAACAUGGAAUCUCUUCUUUGUACUGGAUGUUCACUUCCCUUAAAGUCUUACUUGUACCCCUACAAAAUCUGCAAAGGUCAUUCUGAUGAAUGGACGUUGGUUAUACUUUUAAUGGACAUUAAUAUUCUCAAUAAAAAAAGUAUUAUUUUCUUAAUUCACUUUUAUAUGUUUUGGAAAGAAAACUAGUGAACUUCUCUAUGCUAAAAAUAUGUACUGGUUGAGUAUCCCCUGUCUGAAAUGCUUGGGACCAGAAAUGUUUCAGAUUUUGGAUUUUUUUGAAUUUUGGAAUAUUUGCAAAUGCAUAAUGAGAUAUCUUGGGGAUGGGACCCAAAUCCAAACACAGAAUUCAUUUAUGUUUCAUAUACACCUUAUAGACAAUAACCUAAAGGUGAUUUAUAUAUUUUAAGUAAUUUUAUGCAUGGAGCAAAGUUUUGACAGCCUUUUGACCGUGAUUUAUCACAUGAGGUCAGGCAUGGAAAUUUUCACUUGGAGCAUCAUGUCAGCACUCAAAAAGUUUUGGAUCUUGGAGCAUUUCAGAUUUUCAGAUUAGGGAUGCUCAGCCUGUAUAGAUAUAAAAUUAUCCUCACAGUGACUUAGAAUCUCUUGGUGCUGUCAGCUGUUGGGAACUGAAGAUUGACUUUGUCCUUCCACCCUCCAUCCAGAAAGGCACCCUUCAUUCCACCAGAACUUUACCCAGGAAGAACGUGAUCAUUUCCUUUUUCACCCAUGCCCUCUCUCAGCUUUCUGAGUACAUCUUGUGAGGUCGCUGGAGGUGAUCCUAGGGGAUGCCCGUAGGAUCUGUCUCGGAGACUGAUGUGCCGUUUCAGCCCCCUGCAGCUAAGAAUUGUAUUGACUGUCCUCACAGCAGCUUUUCAUAGCUUUCAGCUUCAGCUUUACGAGGCUUCUCUCUCCCUGGCACCCUGCUGGCUGCCUCACUGCUUAGUCCCACCAAACCCAAACACCUGCCCAGGGUAAAUGAGUGUCUCUUCUAUCCCCAGAAAUUUCCAGAGAGAACAGCUCAUAGAAACAUCCAAAAGCACACAAGUAUUUUGGGAAAAAUCCUAAAAGGUGACUUAAUUUGGUGCCUUAAAUUCACCAGUGAAGAAGCUAAGGCCUAGAAGGUUAAGGAUGUCCCCAGGGUCACACAGCCAGCUGGGCCCAGAGCUUCAGUGUCUUUGUGCUUUGUGUGCAUUGCGUUCUCCCUAGGGUGCUUUAGACCUUGUUUGUUUUAUUCUGCAUGAGGCUGAUUUCCAGUUUGUCAUCAACCUCUUUAUCUUAUAAUUUAAAAGGAUGGAGUUGAAUGUUAGUCUUGAAAGAUUUGCUAAAGUAGUCUUUCAAAUGUUCCUCAGAGGCCUAGGAUUUUCCAGAAGUACCUUAGGAACCUUGUAGGCUGCGGUGGGGGUGUGGCGAUAAAGGAGGAGGCAGGGAGACAGGGCUGCAGGGCCUCCCACCUUCCAACAGACAAGCUCUGCUUUAUCUGUUUUACAUACUGGGAUUCUGUAAAGGAUAUUAUCUGGGGUUUUGUAUGUAUUUGUCUGUGUUCAGCUUUUUAAAAAUAAACUUGAAAAGCUACUGAAU